UUGUUCUGGGACGAUGGCCAACAAAGCGAAGAACUUUUGGAUGCCCACCUUGAUGCUGGUUUCGAUCGUCGGUGUUGGCAUAACGGAAAGUGCAAGCAUGAGAUUGACCAAAUCGCACGGCAGCGAGGGUGGUGGAGGCAGCGGAAGGCCACGGCCAUCCAUAACCACAUAUGAUCAGCGGCAGACCGGCAAAUACAACAUUCACGUCAACAUAAAAGAUGUGAAAAUCAUAUCGGUCGAUGGAGAGAAGUUUGAUGGUGAAUUUGGGGAUGACACAAUUUAUGAUUACGGAGACUAUGAUUACGAUCCAUCGCAUCUAACAGUUAAUCCACUUCCGAUUUUUGGCGGCACGAAGCCACCAAAAUCCACUACGAAAUUACCGGUUGCGAUAACUUCUACCAAACGAACAAGUACAACCACGGCUGAAGCACCAACGGAAGAUCAGCCGAGCAAACCAGCGACCGAAGCUGCCGAAGAUCUAUUCGUCAUGGAAGCAAUGCCCUCCAAACCUGGUAAUUCUUCCUACAGCAUGACUGCAACAGGAACAACAACACCACCAUCAAGCAACAUUUAUAUAUUCAAACCUACUCCAAACUAUCAUCCAAGCCCAAUUCAUUACGACUACCAGGAAAUUCCCGUAGAGGUUAUCGUUGAACCGGUCCUGAAACCGAAGUACCGCAACUCAAAUGCGCGCAUAGCGCCGAAUCGGCGCAAUCGCUAUCGCAAGAAUUCACCCGCCAGAGAGUCCAUGGACAGUAUGGCUCGCCACAGCCACUCGGACAUUGAAGCUUUGCCGAGUUCGGCACAAACCGAUUCUGUUCAGUUGGAAGCUGCUCCGUGCCCGAAGGGCACAUAUCACGAUCGGACGGGCAAGUGUCGCAUGCGAAGGUCCGGAAUUUCCAAGCUGAUUAGACUACUAGCUGCCUUCAAGGAGAAGGAUGACUGAGCUGAACAACCUAGGUGCUGACUGAUUACGCGAUAGCAUAAUAAUUAGCUAAAUUCAUAUCUUGUUUGUCGAUGAUGCCGA